AUGAACGACGAGCACGAAAUUAGAAGGUUUCAGCUGUUCAGGACAACCACCGGUGGUGCUUUGCGCUCCACACUGUCUGUGCCCACCCAAUACAACAGUCAACGUGGUGAGCUCAGGACCAUACCGAGCAACGAGCUUGAAGCUGUUCUCAGCAAGGCCAGUACAUUGUUCCCUGGAUGCAAAUCCGAGAACUGUACUUGGGACGAUGUCUUCGAGCAGAUCGAUGCUGCGAACGCGGCGUACGAAACCAAAGCUCCAAAAGGUUCCUUUCGAAAUUUCAUUCGGGGCGGCAAGGCUGAUGCCAGGACACUCGACUCUCUUUGCUCCAUAAUCCCAGAAGAACAAGGCCUUGGUGUCUUACGCGGAGGAUUGUCGUUCAUCUUCCAGGCCUGGGAACAACGCAUCGAGAAUCGAGAGAAGAUACUAGAGCUACUCGCAGACGUUGUUGACACUCUCAAGACGACAGCCGAGAUGUACAAGAUAUUUCGAGAUGGUGAACUGAAGGCGAAGACGUACGAUCUUUACGGUAUCAUCGUCGAUUCCCUGAAAUUGCUUAUCGAGAUGCUGCUUCGAUGUCGCAAAGAAGGGUCGCUCCUCCGCCGUAUAAAGACACGACUGCCAGAGUACGAAGCAGUCGUGUUGGAGGGACUCGAUCAUAACAUCCAAAACGCCAAGGCCGGGGUGACGAUGAGAGUCGACAUUCUCAGCGCACAAAGCCUGGAGCAAAUCCGCAAGACGACUUCCGCGAUCGAUACCGAGUUGCACGUAACGCGUGCUCAAGUUCAUAAAGUAUCGCAGGGAGUCAGGCUUCUCGAUGGGGAGACGAAGACUCUCAACCGAGGCAUCAGCGAAGUCUUGAAACAAGGCACUUGUCUUGAUGGAAAAGUUGAUGUUCUGGAUGAGCAUCUCACAUUGGUGCAGGAUAACGUGAUGAAGACAUGUAAAGAGAUGAAAGAAGACAACAAGCAAGGAUUCCUGAGGAUGAGCGACUGCAUGUCGACGAUGGUAUCCAAGAAUGAGGUUGCUGCUAUGAUUCAGACUGAACUGUACAAAUUAUUAGCCUCGGAAACGGUGUAUCGCUCAAGUAAGUCGAGCCCAAAUUUAUGGACCCAGUCACAAGCUCAUCCAUCUCUAGGGCAGCCUGUCCAGCAAACUGUUAGAGCCGAGGUCAUUGCGAAGGAGCGACGUCUUACCCAACGGACAUUUUCAGUGACGAUAGAAGAGCUUCUAUUGACACUCCACGUGGACCUCGGAUACUUGAGCGGCGAAACGGAGCACAUCUUGAGGCAGAGCAACUCUUUACGACCCAAGGGCCUCGGCAAGGCGCGAUGGCUGCUCACGACUGCGCAGUUCAAGAAUUGGCUUAGUCAGCCGUUCUCUGGGAUUCUGCUGGUUGAUGGGUAUUGCAAAGACGAUGGUAUCGGAAAGAUAUCUCCGUUGUCCGUCUUGUGUGCUUCUUUAGCAACCACGCUCGUCCAGACAAGCUCCAAUAUAGUCCUGCGCUUCUUCUGCAGCAGUCAUACCAGGGUUGAACAAGACACGAUCAGCGGACCAUCAGGACUUAUACGCAGCCUCAUCACUCAGCUGAUCCUUUAUCCCGGCACUCCGGACAUAGACCUAGAUCCAAUGGAGCAAGGUCUCUACGACGCAGUGUCGCAAUGCAACGUGCUAGCAUUGGUAUCUCUGUUCGGGUCGAUCGUGUGCAACAUGGACAAGUCAAUAACGAUCAUUUGCGUGAUAGACGGAAUAUCCGAUUUCGAAACUCCGCUUCGUGGUUGGGACAGGGAAAUUCUUGGUGUCGUCGAUCAGCUUCAAAACCUGGUAUACAAUCAGCGAUCUGGUCCAACGCUAAAGCUACUCAUGACUAGUGCAAACAAAGCGCUGAACAUUGGGUCGCUGUUGCGUCGCGAUCGUGGGGAGUAUGUAUCUUUGCGGUCGGGCAAUGUCAGCGAUAAGCCUGUGCGUGGGUUCGGUUUCGACCGAGACGUCGGGAGGAUGUUAAUGCCAUCAUCGCAGGAGAGUAGCUUCUUGGAGCCUGGAGGCUGGGGUGCACAAAGAGCGUCGCAGCGUGAAUUCGCGUAUGUAGGGCGACCACGCUCUUCAGGAAGCAACGUGCCGGGUGGUUGA